AAUUAUAUUAAAUAUUGGAAAUAUAUAUUCUUUUACAAAUCAUCAAAUUAAUGAUAUUAAUAACAUUAAAAAUAUAUCCAUAGUAAAUGAUAUGGAAUUAAUGACAGUAUCAGAAGAAUUAUUUAAAAAAAUCUCCUAAUUUAUUUAAUUAUGUGCACAUAAAUUAUCAAAAACAAAUAUGUUUAAAUAAUUUUACUGAUAAUGCUUCUGAGAGGUUGUUAAAUAUAUCAUUUAAUAUUUUUUCAAUAUUAACAAUAAAAUCUCUUAUAAAAUUAUUUGAUAAUUAUAAAUUAGAUACUUAUCAACCAGAAAUUCUAACAAAGGAAGAAGAUCUAGAAGAAAAUGAAUUUAUUAAUAAUUUAAUGAAAACAGAUGUAAUGUUAUAUGUCAUGCAUUUUUUAUCAUCCAAAGGUUUCUUUAAAAAUGACAUAUACAUUCAUAAAAAUAUUUUAAAACAAAUAUGGUUUCAUUUAUAUCCUCGAAGUAAAGGAAUAAUUCUGGACAGUUCUGGAUUUGAACAUGUAUUUAUAGGAGAAAGAAAAUCGCAUAAAAAUAUUAUAGGACUCCAUAAUUGGAUUUUCUUUUUCUAUGGAGAAUCAUCAAAUAAAAUUAAUUAUUUUGGAUUUGCCAAUAGUAAAAAAAUUGUUAAUAAAGCAAUCAUCUUAGAAGCAUAUUUUACUUAUAUUGGAAAAUAUAAAAAAUCAAGUAUGUUUAUUGGAACAGCUCCAGAAUUGGAAAUAGCACUUUAUACACUCUGUUUUUUUACAAGACCAAAUAAAAAAUGUAAAUUAUCUUUUGCAAGAAUUAAAUUUGAUAUUCAAACAUAUAUGUUGCAAAAUAAUGGUUCAAAAUUUAUUGCAACUGCUUUUCCUAUUUUAAAAUAGGAUAUUAUUUUAAAAUAUUUUAAUAUUAUUUUUUAUAUUAUAUAAAUCAAAAUAAAAAAACUAUGAAAGUAGAAUAUUUUAUUUGUUAAAAACACAAAGGUAGAUUAAUUACAAUGAAAAUAUUAUAUAUAUUCUUAAAAUAUAAAUAAUCAUUUAUACAAAAGAAAAAAAACUAUUAUAUUAUAUUUAGGAACUCUUCAAGUUAAAUCGACCACAUGACUAUCAUGCUUGUAUUCAUUAUCAGAUAUCUUUUUUUUUAUAUUUUGUUUUCUUUUUUUUUUGAUAUAGAAGAAUUUGAGAAUGUAUUAUUAUCAUUUUUAUUUAAAUUUUGUAUGUCAUUUUCUGAUAAUUUAAAUUUUUUAGAAAUUAUUGGAGAAUUAUUAGAAGAAAUACAAUCUAUAAAAUCUAUUUCCGAAUCACUUGUAUCAUUUUCUAUUGGAGAAUCAUAUAUCCUUUCUUGUUCAU